UGCUCGGCAUUCAGUUCGUCGAUAACCAUAGAACGAAGAGGACUGCCUCUUUUUUUAAGAAGAAUUAUUGUUUUCGUUGACAAUUCGUUGCCGUUAUUUAGUUAAUCUUUUUCCGCUGCUUCUUUUAUCCUGAAAUAAGAUCUGUGGACACUUUAUUAUGUUUUAUAUUUCGUCUCAUUAAUUAAAUUGUUGUUAUUGGUUAAUACAGGAUAUUUUCUUACAAUCAUCAAUUGCUUAGAAAGAGAGACGAAUCUAACCGUAAGGUUUGAUGUAAUCAUGUGGAUCGUUCUACCAGUGCUCAAAUUUAUCAUAUCUAUAUUUAUUGAAAUUAUGAGAAGUAUUAUGAAGUUAUUUAUUCCGUUGAAAUAUCAAAUGAAGGACAUUUCUGGCGAAAUUGCUCUCGUCACAGGUGCUGCCGGAGGUCUUGGAAGAGCAUUAGCCAUCGGUUUAGCUAAUCAUGGUGUCAUCGUUGUCAUUUGGGACAUCAAUCAGAAGGGUAUCGAAGAAACGAUGGAAUUGAUAAAAGCAGCGGGUGGUACUUGUUAUGGAUACGUUUGCGAUGUUCGUAAUCGCGAUGAUAUUUAUAAAAUGGCUGAAAUAGUUAGAGAAGAAGUUGGUAAGGUAACUAUUUUGAUUAAUAAUGCAGGUGUGGUAAAUAUUGGAAUUUUCUGGAAGACUUCGGAUGAUCUUCUUAGUCGUCUAAUGGAAGUAAAUAUUAUGAGUCAAUUUUGGACAGUCAAAGCAUUCCUUCCGGCAAUGAUGGAAAGCAACAAAGGCCAUAUUGUGAACAUAGCGAGUAUAGCAGGUCUCAUUGGAUGUUCGGUAAUCGUAGAUUAUUCUGCGUCUAAGUAUGCAGUUAUUGGUUUCAGUGAAGCAUUACAAAUGGAAUUAGACUUUCAUGGACAUGACGUUAGCAUUACAUCAGUAUGCCCGACGUUCAUUGACAAUACCGGCAUGCCAGCAGCUAAAUUCUCUGGGCUUGUUCCAAUUGUUAGUCCGCAAUAUGUUGCUGAAAGUACUAUUACUUCCAUUCGGUGUAAUAGGAAGUUUGUUUUGGUGCCAAAUUACAUGUACUUUCUACUAUUUUUUAAAUGGAUAAUACCACGUCAUAUCUACCAUCAAAUAUUUAAAUUUUUAACGCAAAUGGAACCAACUGAAUUUUAUCCAAUAGAAAGUCAAGAAAAAUGUAAAACACAUCUUCCAAACGCAAGUAAUGUUGUCAUUACAUCAUAACAACUAAGCAGUUUUACUUAAUUUUUGCGAAAAGUAUCAUUUACUGAUAUGUAAAUAUUUCAAUAUGAAUAUAUGGAUUAUAGAAUAUGAAUAAAGAGGAGAAUCAUCAAUCGUAAAAUUAUCAAAUAAAAAGAGUUCAUAAUUUCGGAAUAGAUUAUCGGAAACGAG